AUGCCUGGUGCGUCCAACCCCCCGAAACUCCCUCUCGCUGUCGCCCUGCCAGCCGCCGCUGCAGGCGCUGCGUACCUGAAUGCGCGCAUGUCUCUGUGGUACGAUGUUCACCUCGUACAAUGCGCCCUUCCAGCGACCUUGUCCGCCUUGUGGCGUGAGCGGACUGACCGUCUGAGUCCCUUCUACGUCCUCGAACGCCAUGCCCAGAACAAGUCCUCCGCGGACCGUACCUUUAUUAUUUUCGAGGGCAAGUCAUGGACAUAUGCUCAAGUAUAUGAAAAUGUUCUUCGCUAUGGCGCCUGGCUGCGGGAGCGCCAUGGUGUCAAGCCUAAAGACAUCGUCGCUGUAGACUUCCAAAACUCCGAUGUCUUCAUCUUCAUCUGGUUCGGUCUCUGGUCAAUCGGAGCGAAGCCUGCCUUCAUGAACUACAACCUCACCGGGAGUGCACUGGCUCAUUGCAUCAAGACUGCCACGACGUCUUUGGUGCUGGUCGACCCAUUGGUUGCCAGCAAUGUAAAUCAAGAAGUACGCAGCGAACUCGAAGCUGUCACAUUCGUGGAGUUCGACCCAACCACACUCGCAGAGAUUGCUGCGACCGAACCUAAGAGGUAUCCUGAUGCCGAUCGAUCCGAGGACAAGUACCAAAAUAUCGCCAUUCUCAUUUUCACUUCCGGCACCACCGGAAUGCCCAAGCCUGCCAUUGUUUCCUGGGCCAAGUGUAUCGUGGGCGGCGUUUUCACAUCUCGGUUCAUCAGCAACAGCACUAAUGAUGUCUUCUACACGUCCAUGCCGCUGUACCACAGCUCGGCUGCCAUCCUCGGCUUUGGCAACACUCUAGAGGUCGGUGGCACGAUUGCCAUUGGGCGUAAGUUUUCGACCAAGACUUUCUGGUCAGAUGUACGCACAUCGGGCGCCACCAUCAUUCAGUAUGUCGGCGAGACGUGCCGCUAUCUCCUCGCCGCUCCGCCACAACUCGACCCCACGACAGGCGAGAACCUCGACAAGAAACACAAGGUCCGAGCAGCAUUUGGAAACGGCCUGCGGCCCGACGUAUGGAGUCGCUUCCGUGAUCGCUUUGGUGUCGACACGAUUGGCGAAUUCUAUGCUGCCACAGAGGGCACCUUUGGCACAUGGAAUCUUAGCCGAAACGAUUUUGCCAAAGGUGCCAUCGGCCGGAACGGCUGGAUUUACAAUGCCGUCAUGGGAAUGAAUCUUGCCAUUGUCGAAGUAGAUCACGAACAAGGCGCCCCAUGGCGAGACCCGAAGACAGGCUUCUGUCGUUCCGCUGGCACGAAUGAACCGGGCGAGCUGCUCUGCCGUGUUUCCCCGACGGACAUGUCACGUCGCUUCCAAGGCUAUUAUGGUAACCCAGAGGCAACGCAGAAGAAGGUGUUACGCAGUGUAUUCCGAAAGGACGACGCCUGGUUCCGCACCGGUGACAUUCUCAAAUGGGAUGGCGAGGGUCGCCUCUUCUUCAGUGACCGCAUAGGAGACACCUUCCGCUGGAAGAGUGAGAACGUCUCGACGCAGGAGGUUAGUGAAGCCAUCGGCUCACACCCGGCUGUGCGCGAGGCCAAUGUCUACGGCGUUGAGCUACCACACCAUGAUGGUCGGGCGGGAUGUGCGGCACUGGUGCUCGAUGAGGGCCGUGGAAUCGAGGCGAAGCCAGAAGACGCCCUCCUCAAGAGCUUGGCGGAACAUGUUAAGAAGGCGCUGCCGAAGUACGCGUUGCCGCUCUUCCUGAGAGUCAUGCCCGACAUGGGAAUGCAGAUGACGGGGACGAACAAGCAGCAGAAGACGGGAUUGAGGGGUGAGGGUGUCAAGCCGGGGGCUAGCGAUGAGAGUCUAAUGUACUGGCUGCAAGGGGAUACCUACGUGCCCUUUACAGCACACGAUUGGCAGCAGUUGGAUGGUGGAAGGGUGAAACUUUGA